AUGAAGAAAUUUAAAUUUUUUUCCUCGCGAAAAUCAGAGCGAGGAGAGAUCAAUGAAAUAUCGUCACCUACAAAUGUUGUAAAAUGUGUACAUGUAACUUACGAUCCCUCUACUGGCGAGUUUGCGGGACUCCCAGAUUAUUGGAAAAAAAUGAUCGACUCAUCAAACUUUAGUCGUGAAGAAAAGAAUAACCACCAUAAGGAAAUUUUGAAUGCUGUGUCUGUUUACCAAGAAUCCUUGUGUAAAGAGGGGAAAUCGAUUAAAUUUAUUGGAGGGGAUGCCGACCUUCUUAGUAGUCUUCCUGAUCUUGAUGACUGUAAGUUAUUUUAUCUAAUUACGUCAGGUGCCGAUGACACCACUCGGAAGCUGUCGGAUAUUACGAUUGGGGAGAAUGGCCAAUCUUCUGCAAGUGAUUAUAGUUCCACAAACCUGGUGGAUAUUUCUGUUGUCGAGGCUAUCACUGACAGUAAAAUUUGCGCCGUUGAUCGAGAAGUAGAAAUAAAACCAGCAUCCACUGAGCCCACUAUACAUCAUUUGGAAGAUUAUUUUGGCACUGAUAAAAGUUCUUUAGUUCCGAACGAGCACACCUCAAAUGGAAAUGUACCUUUGGAGCCAAUUUUAGCCCAUGUUGAUACUAACUCCGCCAAAGCCGCCCCUGUUAAGUCCUCACCAGAAACUAAGGCGUAA